AUGAUGUAUACCGACAUUCUCAGGGCUAAGAAAUUUCCGACUCGCUUGUUAGUCGAUAAAACGGCGAGUGACGUUAACUCUGUCGCCACUCUUCAUCCAGCGACUAUGGAGACCCUUGGUCUCUUUUGUGGGGACGCAGUCAUCGUUCGCGGGAAGAAGCGGAGGGAUACUGUCCUCAUCUGUCUCUCGAACGACGCAGUUGAGGAGGGACGUACUGGACUCCUCUGUAUAACUACGACCGUCACGUGA